GAUAUGGACAGACAAAUCGUGGCACUUCUCCUGGCUAUCCUGGGCUUCAUGGGUACCAUCCUGAUAGGAGCACUACCUAUGUGGAAGAUGACAGCCUUCAUUGGAGCCAACAUUGUGACAGCGCAGGUUAUCUGGGAGGGAUUGUGGAUGAAUUGUGUACUACAGAGCACCGGACACAUGCAGUGCAAGGCAUACGACUCUGUUUUGGCUUUGCCCCAAGAUCUCCAGGCUGCUCGAGCCCUGAUUUGCGUCUCCCUUGCUGUUGGUGUGGCAGCCAUUAGUUUGAUGGUGAUUGGAGCCAAAUGUACCAACUUUUACAGGGAGGACCAUCACAGCAAAUCCAGGGUUGGAAUAGUAGCAGGAGUGGUAUUCAUCAUUGCAGGGCUGCUGUGCAUUAUAGUCAGUAGCUGGUCAGCGUACACUAUCAUUGUGGGAUUUUACAAUUCUCAAGUAAUCUCUGCAAGAAAGGGGGAGAUGGGGGCAUGCAUUUAUGUUGGAUGGGUAGCUGGAUUCCUUCAAGUCUUGGGUGGAGGAAUAUUCAUCAGUUCAUUUACAAGCAGCUGCUGA